AUGACGGUCCUCGUCGAGCUCGCUCGUCGCGCCGUGUCGCACCCGCAGACGUCUUCGUUCGUCAAGCGCGCCAUCAACGGAAACGGUGGAAGAACCCCAGACUACAUGGACAAAGUAUCCAUCUGGAGUGUUGUCGCCAUCUAUGUCACCAUCUUCAUUGCCGCCAUAGGCAUCAGCCUCUUCUCCUACAUGCUCAACCAGGUCGUCGUAACCCUCUGCAUGGUCGAGUCCCCCGUAGCCGCUAUUACCGUUACCCACGAAACCUCCAACGAUAAGGAAGACUCCAACGAGAAGGAAACACUCCUUGAAGCCGGUCCGACAAUCACCCUCGUGAACGCGAAGCCCAUCACAGCGUCCAUCCGCGCUACCGUCCGCCACCUUGUCGCACACGCCGGCCGCUGGUCCCGCUUCCGCGGCUUCAAGAUUCAUUGUUUCUACUCGUUCCUGUCUGGCUUGACUACAACGUUCUUCUCGGGGGCCCUGUCUGGCAUGCCUGGUUCAGCUGUUGUUGGCGCUGCCAUUAGCGCUGCCCUUCUCGCCAACGUACACGCCGCGUGGACACACAAGGUUGUCGCUAUGCCCACCGACGGCCUCUUCUGGCAGCGCAUCCCCUCCAAGGCCCACUGGAAGACUCUUGCCGUCCCCGCCGCGCUCAAGGCCGUUAUGCCCUAUGUCAGCAUGUACCUCACAGCUGGCGUAUUCAUGCUGCUUAAGCUCAACAAACUUGGAUACGAGGGCCAUUCUAUUGAGACUUGUGCAGACAAGAUCGGUCUCAUCGCGAGGGUCCUUGCUGUCAUUGUGUUUGCCAUUACCUGCACACUUUUCCUCUGCCUCCCUGCCAUGGUCACAUUGGUCCGGAUCGAAGCUUCUCUGCUCCCCGAGGACCAGGACACCAUCGUUCCCUUCGACCGUACCUUUGGCGGAAAGGUCGUUAGCAAGAUCAUGGGUGGAACUGGUGUCGUUGGCUUCCUUGAUGCCUGGAGGAGCUUCAACUGGGAGGCCAGACGCCGCCUUAUCAAGUUGUUUACCAAGAACUUCUUCAUCAUGGUCGGCAUGUUCGUUUUUGUGUUGCACGUUGUCGCAAUUGAGGCGUUUGUCUUCAUGGGGGAGGCUGCUGGUGAGAUUUUGGCGCAUAUGCAUAGGGAGAUGGCUGUGCCUAACUAG